AUUUUGGGCAGGUACCCAGGUGCCGCAAAAUAAUUCCAGGUGUGCCAGCUACCUACUUACCGUCAUCUUCCGUCUCUCCAUGGCCACCUCGGUUGCUCGCAUUUUCGCGCGUCGCUUCCAUGUCUCCGCCCGGAGACACGCGCUGUCGCCUUUUAACAUGCCCGCAAUGAGUCCUACUAUGUCAGAAGGAGGAAUUGCGUCGUGGAAGAAGAAGGAAGGUGAAACGUUCUCUUCAGGCGAUGUUCUAUUGGAGGUGGAAACAGACAAGGCCACAAUUGAUGUUGAGGCCCAGGAAGACGGUAUUCUUGCAAAAAUCAUGGUUCAAGACGGCACGAAAGGCGUCCUAGUGGGUACCCCCAUUGCCAUCAUUGGAGAAGAAGGAGAUGAUCUGUCCGGUGCCGCUGAGGCUGCGGCGAAAGCUACCUCAUCUUCAAAACCCAAAGAGGAGAAGUCGACCGAACCGCCCAAGUCCGAACCUACUCCGAAGAUUGAAUCUUCACCGAAACCCAAGGAGGAAGUCAAAGCUGAACUUCCUACUGGAGAUCGAAUUUUUGCUUCCCCCAUCGCUAAGAAAAUUGCCCUUGAACGCGGUAUCCCACUAUCAAAGGUUACAGGAACCGGUCCAUCUGGUCGCAUCAUUCGCGAAGACGUCGAAAGCUAUAAGCCAUCCACCGCCACUUCAGCAGUCAGCCAACCUCCAGCAGGUGCCGUUCCAGACUAUGUCGACACACCUGUCUCAAAUAUGCGCCGCACCAUUGGCACCCGUCUGACGCAGUCCAAGCAGGAGCUUCCUCAUUAUUAUGUUACGGUGGAUAUCAAGAUGGAUAAGGUUCUUAAGCUGCGCGAGGUCUUCAACAAGACCUUGGCAGACAAAGGUGCGAAGCUGAGCGUCAAUGACUUCGUUGUCAAGGCGGUCGCUUGUGCCUUGGCUGAUGUUCCAGAGGCGAACUCCGCCUUCCUCGGCGAAGUCAUACGGACAUACAAGAAGGCGGAUAUUUCUGUUGCUGUUGCCACCCCUUCUGGUCUUAUCACACCCAUUAUCCGAGAUGUGGGCGCCAAAGGCUUGGCUACUAUCUCUACCGAGGCCAAAGGCCUCGCAAAGAAGGCUCGCGAUGGAAAAUUGGCACCAUUAGACUACCAGGGCGGUACAUUCACGGUUUCUAACCUCGGCAUGUUCGAUGUCUCUCAUUUCACGGCCAUCAUCAAUCCUCCUCAAUCAUGCAUUCUUGCCGUUGGUUCCACGCAAGCAACCAUCGUCCCUGCGCCUGAGGAAGAGCGUGGCUUCAAGACUGCACAGAUCAUGAAGGCGACGUUGAGCUCUGACCAUCGGACAGUUGAUGGAGCAACUGCGGCUAGAUGGAUGUCGGCCUUCAAAGGAUAUCUCGAAAACCCCUUGACAUUCAUGCUGUAAAUCGGGUUGUCGUACUGAGAGAGCUCUAUUAUCCUACACCCUCUUCAUUUAUUUUAGACUUUUCUGACCUCGUAUCACUCUGUUUUGAACCCGCUUUGUUCGUUUAUUGCACUAAGUUGGUCCAGAUGUAAGCUUAUAGAGCUACAGGUCACGCGCACGUCCACCCUGAGAAAAAUGUCAAGGAAGCAAUUCUGAUUCAACC